CACCAGCCAGGGCUUCUAUGAAGAGGAGGGGAGGCGUUAAAAAGAAAAGGGGGGGGAAGCCAAGAGAAGCUGAUCUCUCCUCCCCCGCCUCCUUCUACUCUUUCCUUCUCUUCCCUCCCCCUUCCCAGCUCCUCCUCCUCCCUCCUCCUCCUCCAGCCCUUGUGUGGGACUCCAUUUUCCCAGCCCCAAAGUCUCCAAGGAAAGGGGGCCGUGGGACCGCGCAUCCAAGAUGGAAUAAAACCGCGCCGGGUGCCCCGACGUCGCCGAAUUUGCCAUAUUAGGAUCUCUGUCUUUUUAUUAAUAUUACUAUUAUUUUCUUUUGCGUGUGGACAGCUCGCCUUGUGGCUUGCCCCAAGGAAUGGAUGACCAAGGGAGGCUGAUCCAAGCUCGGGGGGCGGUGGGGCUCCCGGGCCACCCUCCGGUGCCAGGGGUCCAGAGCAUGACCCCCCACUCUCUCCACGAGCCCUCCUCGGAUAACGGCGAGCCGCGGAAACAAGACAUCGGCGACAUCCUGCAACAGAUUAUGACCAUCACCGACCAAAGCUUGGACGAAGCGCAGGCAAAGAAACAUGCUCUGAAUUGUCACCGCAUGAAGCCAGCUCUCUUCACCGUCCUCUGUGAAAUCAAAGAAAAAACAGGACUGAGCAUCCGAAGUUCGCAGGAGGAAGAACCUGUGGACCCCCAGCUGAUGCGCCUGGAUAAUAUGCUCCUGGCCGAGGGGGUGGCCGGGCCAGAGAAGGGGGGUGGCUCUGCAGCGGCUGCAGCUGCGGCGGCCGCAGCAGGAGGGGUGUCCCCAGAUAACUCCAUCGAGCACUCCGAUUACCGCAACAAGCUUUCGCAGAUCCGCCAGAUCUACCACUCGGAGCUAGAGAAGUAUGAACAGGCCUGCAAUGAGUUUACAACACACGUGAUGAACUUACUCCGGGAACAGAGCCGCACACGCCCUGUGUCACCCAAGGAGAUUGAGCGCAUGGUCAGCAUCAUUCACAGGAAGUUCAGCUCUAUCCAGAUGCAACUGAAGCAGAGCACAUGCGAGGCUGUCAUGAUCCUGCGCUCCCGCUUCCUUGAUGCCAGGCGGAAGCGACGCAAUUUCAGCAAGCAGGCUACGGAGGUGCUCAAUGAGUAUUUCUACUCGCACCUGAGCAACCCUUAUCCCAGUGAGGAGGCCAAGGAGGAGCUUGCCAAGAAAUGUGGCAUCACAGUCUCACAGGUGUCAAACUGGUUCGGGAACAAGCGCAUCCGCUAUAAGAAGAACAUCGGCAAGUUCCAAGAGGAAGCCAAUAUUUACGCCGUGAAAACGGCUGUCAGCGCCGCACAGAGUGGGGGCGACUCCCCCAACACCCCCUCCUCCGCGGGCUCUGGUGGUUCCUUCAACCUCUCCAGUUCUGGGGAUAUGUUCAUGGGCCUUCAGGGUCUGAAUGGAGAUGCGUAUCCUACAUCACAGGUGGAAUCGAUGCGUCACUCCAUGGGGCCCGGUGGCUAUGGGGACAGUAUGGCUGCCAGCCAGAUGUACAGCCCACGAGAAAUGAGGGCCAAUGGCGGCUGGCAAGAAGCAGCCACCCCAUCUUCUGUGACCUCCCCAACAGAAGGCCCUGGUAGCGUCCACUCUGACACCUCCAACUGAUCCUGCUGGGCUGUACUCCCCUCCUCUGUCAUUUUUCUCCUGGCUCCAGUGAAGAGAAAAAUGCCAGUGCUGAACUAGGCUGGGAAAUAACUCUUUAUCCCACACCCCCGGUGGCCGGAGAUCACUGAACCACCAGCAUGGUGCUGGGGCAGGGGAGGGAAGCCAAUACAGUAUCUCUUGGGAUUCAAGGUGGCAACACUCCAUAGGGAAGAUUAAUUCAAGAUGGCACCCAUUGUGAUCCAAGAUGGUAAUCCUUCCAUGAUCCUGAAUGGCACCUCUUAAUAAGAAAGAUUGAAACUCUAGAAAUGGUGAAGGGGUCCCAAGAUGGUGAUAGUUGGGGGUGGGGAAUGGGUGGGAGGGGCUAUCUCAAGGGGCAUAACUACUUGGUGUGGUUGGGCAGAUGAGCUAAUGUACCUGCAACCGAUACCAUAAUAUGCUGGCUCAGUCUCAUAGAUCAUACCUGCCUGAGAAGAAUUGAGAUGGCAUCUUAACUACUUAUCGUGGGAUGCGAUUCAAGAUGGCAGCAUUGACAGGUCUUUUGGUAGUAGGAUGAGCAAAGAUGUUUGCCGAAUUGGGCUUAAAUUGGCAUCUCUCCAUGAUGGGAUGAUUCCAAAGUGGUGUCUUCCUGUCAAGAUUUAAAUAUAACAUAUAUAUAUAUAAAAAGAGAGAGAAACAAUCGGAUAUGGAUCGAUCUAGUUCCAAGUUGGGCAUCUCCUCUGGGUGGGUGGUGAUCAAAGACAGCAAUGUCCCUUAUGAAAUCUUUCUAAAGAAAAUGAACAUGCAAGGUGCUGCUUUGGUCUCAUCCUAGCUGUAAGAUUGUGUGGAGUCAAAGUGAAAACCCCCACCUAGGGUGAAUGAUCCCUUACGCCUCUCUCCAUGAAUAGUUUCCCUGAGUACAAAGAUCUAAGAUGGCUACCAUCUGAAUCUGAAAGGGUAUGUUUACCUCUGGGGUAUAGUCCUAAAGAGAGGUUCUAGGGGGCCAAGAUAUCGCUGACUGGUGCCCUUCCACUAGGCCAGGAGUAGAGACCCUUUGGCCUUCCAGAUGUUGUUGGGCCACAACUCACAUCAGUCUUGACUGAUAGCCAUGCUGGCUGUGGUUGAUAGGAGAUGUAGUUCAGUAACAUCUGGAAGGCCAAAUGUUCCCCACCUCUCAGUGAGGGAAAGAGAUAAAACAUACCAAUGAUACCUUUAUCAGAAAAGUGGGGAGUGGAUUUCCAAAAUGGCAGUUCAAGUUAUAAGGGGAGGGGACAUAUUAAUAAGCACAAACCUAUCUCCUGUGCAGGACUAGAUGCUCUUGAAUAAGUUGUGGGGGCAGCCAUGGGAGCUUAGCUUACCCCAGAUCACAUGUUAUAUACCAUAGUUGCAUUAUGAGUGAUGGGAGUGUGUUUUUCUUUCUGUUUUGUCUUCUUUUUUGCAGAUUUUCUCUCUGUAUUUUAGUUUAUUCUGUUGUAGCCAUUUCCUAAUGUCUGUCUCUUUUCUUGGGUUUUCUCUGCUCUGUCUAAUAUUCAUGGUAUUUUCGCCUAUUAAGUUUUUGCCCCUUUCUCUACCCCAUUACCAUACUAGGGCUUUUCUGCCUGAUCAAACAAAGCACGAUCAGCCAGGUUCCUGAACUUCACAUUCCUGUCUGUGUGAUAUUUCUACAAGCCCUAAUCUUGCGUGGAAUGGAAGAAAAAAUGACCUUUUAAAAUGGCUAUUAAAAGAAAAAGAAUGCUGGAGAUAUGGGUUGGGCAUAAUUGUAUCCCUUCCCAUUAAGCAGGUCAGACAAGUGUGUCUUUCAGCUAUUGAUGGCAAUGGAUUUGCUGCUUGUCAAGGCCAAGCUACACAUUCUGGUAAAAGCAUCAUUGCAUUUCAAGUAUUUUAAAACCAGGUAUCAAUGUAGGUGCCCCUGAUAAGGAUCCAAACUGCAGCAGAUGGUGAAGGGGAAUUUAACCUUUCCCCACAUUGUGGUGCCAACAAUCCCCAUCCAGAAACUGGUACUUGUAUUGCAAGGAAGGCCUCCAUUACAGAAAUUGCUUCAGGAGACCUUUUGUUGUUGGAAUAGUGGCAAGGGUUGAACUUUUUAUUACUGCCUGCUAUUUUUGGUUUAAAUGAUGUAUUUAAUGUAAUGUGUAGCUUAAAAUAGUGUUUGAAUACUAUUGCAUUCAAGUCCUGCCUUUUGGGCUUCCCAUAGACAUCUGGUUGGCCAUUGUCAGAACAGGAUGCCUUAUCCGGCAGCACCUUCCUUAAGAUGAAUCAUGAUGGACAGGAAACCUUGAAAGAGAAUUUGCCCACCACCAAACUUUCCUGUAAAAUGUAACCACAAGAGUGUGUAGGGAAAGUGUGGGUGGUUGAGGAUAUAUGCUCUCAGUUCAUAUAUGGUGAUGUGAGAGAUUCCAAAGGUGUAAUUUGGGCCCUGCAUGAAUUGGACGGAUGCCCAAGAACACUCCCAGAAUCCUCUGCAACUGUAUAGCAGCUCUAUGGCAGAUCUGUAAGGUUCCCUUAAGGUGGAAAGGCAAGAAAACUGCCACAGUACCUGACAGGGAAAUUGCACUUUUCCAGGAAGGACAUAUUGUGUUUAAAUGUUCUGGCACUCAGUAUCCUUUCAACAGAAGUAUAGCCAUGAGGGAAUGUGUGGGAACUAAAUAGCAAAUGUCAUUCCUUGUGCAAUCCUCCCCUUGCAACUUUGAUUGUGCAGAAAAGCUCACUCCCAGUCUAUGCUUCCAUUUUUCCUUUAGUCAAAUAAGGGGCAGCUUGCAAAAAAAGAGGAUUUGAACAAACCAAAAGUGUUACUCCAUUAUCCCAUCUUCAUUGCUUUUCCACUCCCCACCCCUUUGCUUAUAUGAAUUCCAGCAGAAAGGGGAUGUUACUGGAACCAGGGAAGCUAAUCUAGGGUAAGACAUAUGUCAGAAAAUAUUUUAUCUGGAGUUAAGUGGGGUAUUUCCUCCUACUGGGGUGGAAAGAAAUAGUAUGAGUGUGUAAAUAGUUUUGUGUGGGGAGUGAAUGACUUGAAUGAUAGAGGCAGAACUUGAGGGAGACCAUGAAAAUCUAGGAACGACCACACAGAAUGGAUCCAAAUGCACAAGAGCAGAUGGUGGGUGAAAAAUGCAAAGAGGAUAUAAUGAUAUCAAAAGUAGCGAGAGGUGAAGAUGGAACGUGGUGGGGAAAGCAGAAAUGAUAGGAAGAUAAGAGCUAAAAUCUCAUGAAAAUGAAAUAUUAACUAAGGCCGAUGAAGUAAGUCUGAGGGGCAGCAAUAUUAAAACUAAAAUAGUUAACAAAAAGAUUAUGGACUGGAAAGGGGGAUAUUAGAACAGUAGUGGGAAAGGAUUACAAAGAGUGUAGAAAAGAUCCAAUAGAAGUAAUUGAUGCUUGGUGGCACCUAUACACAAGAGGAACAUAUACUUGGACUGGAAGAGAAGUGUUGGACAUGAGAAGAUGUCAAAAGAAGAGAAGGAAUCUGGAUAAAGGCAAUCGGAUUGCAAAAGAAAAACAAGUGAAUGGUUGAAAGAACAGAGGAAAAGGCCUGCUUGUGAAUGGUGCCAACCCUGAAGGGAUUUGAACCAAGAGUGAACAUUCAAAUGUGACACGUGCAAGUCCUAAUGGUGCAAGAGAACUACAAGGAGUGACAACCCCCCCAUGUACACAUUUGACUUGCUCUCUCCCCCUUGCUCAUAGGUGGGCUCCAUGCUAGUCAGUCCAAUAGCUUUAUUACCUCAUGGCGCAAGAAACCAAUAGAGUCUUGGGACAGAGACCUUUUGAACCCUGCUACCUCUGUGUGCCCGGGGGGGGGAGAGAACUGUGCUGAACCCCUCCCCAAAACUGCCCCAUUCCCAUUGAUGGAGGGUAGUGGGGCUCCUCACCUGACUGGCUGUUUGACUUGUUCUGUUUUUUUUUUUGCUCUAGAUUGCCUUUGCUUUUAUUACCAUUAUUUUUCUUCUAUAAAAUUGAAGACAAGUUUU